GAGGAAGCAAUAGUAUUGGAGGAGGAGGAGGAAGGAGAAAAGAAGAAGAGGAAGAAGGAGAGGAAGGGGUGGGAAGAGGAACAGUGGGGGACAGUGGAGGAACUGGUGGGAACAAUGGCUGCAGCAGAAAUAGUGCCUCCAAUAGUCAGUCAGGUCUCAGUGCACCCAAUCAAUGUGGUUCAGUUCUUGGUAAUUCUGGCCAAACACGCUCCAAAUCUCUGGAAUUAAAUCAGCAACGCUCAACCGAAUCUGAUAAAGACGCGCCUCUAGUCACGUCUGCAAGACACAGGCAUCAUGGAGGGAAGCUAAAACUCUUGCAACGAAGCCAUGCCAUGCGCGAAGACACAUCACCGCCACCAGAGAUUCUGGAGCCAGCACCCCCCUCACCCCACUGCAACAGCCACUCGAGCAGCGGAGGUAGCAAUACCCUCACUGUGACCUCAGGUGGUGGCAACAGGAGGCGACUGAAGCAUCAGGGCUCCUCGCAGGGUUCCUUUGAUGGGUCCUCGCCCUGUUUGUCGCGAGAUUCAUCAAUGGAGUAUACAGACAGCAGUGGUGUUGACUUGCAGCAGUUCAUCAUCCAGACACUUCACAAGAACCAAAAGGACCGUAUGAUGCUCCUCAAGAUUGAGCAUGAACUGGUCAAUCUCGUGAAGGACACCAAGCGAACGCACCACAAGUUUCCUCCAAUGUCGUCAUACCAACGAAUGCUUGUUCACCGGUGUGCUGCAUUUUUUGGACUCGAGCAUAAUGUAGACCAAGCUGGAACUGCUGUCAUAGUCAACAAAACGCGGAACACACGCCUUCCUGAGACGCGGUUCAGAGACCACUGCCGUGACGAUCUCUUAGUGCCAGAUGAGCCUAAGAGGUCCAUACUUAAAAGAGACUCAUCAUCCUUUGAUGAUGGGUCUAAUUAUAAGUCCCUAGAUAGACAGUACAGCUCAGAGUCCAGACGGAGCAAGAGCUUCGAGGAACGAGAAGAGGAGUACGAAAAAGUAAGGAAGCGAAUAUUCAGUCAGGAGUCUUUGUCAUCAGCUGAUGGUCUAGGAGACUCACCUGUCAGAGGUCAUGAUUCAAGAAGGAACUCCCAAGAUGACUCACGGUGGCAUGACUCACGACACUGGAAUUUUAUAGACUCAGAGAUCUCACAUCGAAAACAUCAUUAUGACAAUCAUAGAUUAAGGCCAGGCAGAUUACCAAAGGUGGAGUCUUUCGAGAGCAGAGAUACACUCCAUCCAAGAUCACUAAGACCACCUGUCUUUAAGUCACACAGCUUUGGGGGAUAUAGUGGUGGUGUUACUGUUUUAUCUAGAGGAGAAUCAGUUUCGAGUAAUAUAUCAUCUUCUAGAUUAAGUAAACAGGACUCAACCAGUAGCCGUUUAAGUGACCAGAGCAGCAGUUCCGGGUAUAAAACACAAAGGCAAGACACCAGCUCCACCAACGUGUCGAACACCCUCUCCACCACGCCUUCCCCAACUACUAGUCAGCAUCAGCACCCUUCCAGUGGUCAGAAUGCGGGUAUGUGGGGAGGUGAAGGUGAUGGUCAGGCAGUAAUGUGGGCAGUAACAGAUAUGGAAGCUGUGCCAGCUGGUGCAAUGCUUAUAAACCCACAGAGUGGACAGCCAUACAUGAACUCCGAUGGAUCUGUCUAUCGAUUUGAUCCAAAUAAUCCGCCACAAAUCAGUCCCAGUGUGAUUGCCAGCAGUACAGCAAGCGGAAGCACUAGAGAAAAGGAGACGGCAGUAGAAAAGGAAGCAACAGGUUGUUUAGGAGGAAGUUUAGGAGUAACGCAACAAUCAGCCGUCUCCCCUGCCUCCUCCCACGACCUCCCUCCUUCAACGUCCUCGAGUGUCUGUAGUCCACCGAGUAAACAGCCAAGUCACCAGCAGAGCUCACCGGAACCUCCGCCACACAGUGUGGUCACUUGUGUAACAUCUACAAGUGGAGAAGUAAGAGAGUCAGAAACUAACAGUGAUACAGGUAAUGGAACUACGGGUGAAGUCAUCCAGCAGCCUCCUCAGAUGAUCUAUCCACAGUAUUAUCAACAUUCACAGCUAGAUGCAAGAACAUUCUCACAGGAGGGUAGCGUGAAUGAAGUGACCAGUAACCUCCGAGCUCUGUGUUUAAGUGGUCCAAACAGCGGGGGGGAGACCAACAGUGACAUCACAACAAUCCAGAUGUCUGCGGCCCCAGUCCAUCAGAGUUAUGUUGUUCCUCGACAGUACUCACAGCCUGUGUACUACAUGCCAGCAGGAAGUAUGGGGAACAUGAGUGGAUCCCUAAAGUAUGUGUACCCCCAGUACCAGAUGGCUCCGGUACAGGCAACUCCAACUGGAGUACAGGCAACGACAGGAGUACAGUCAGCGAAUAUACAGCAGGUCCAAGCUAUUCCUGCUGUCCCAGCUGUGCCAGCUGUGCCAGGGGGUAUCAGUGCAGCACCAGCACCCCCAGCUGGGCACCAUGCUACAUUGGAGCACAACCAUGUCAUACCUCCAGGUGGAGGAUAUGUCCCAGGAGGCUACACAGUUGUCACUUACCCAGCAGGAGGUAGUGUUGGAACUGGCGCCAACGGGCAGGAGACGGGAGGCACGACGUACUACUACCAGCUCCCUGCAGCCGCUGCAGCUGGCCUCAGUGGCCCCAUCCCAGCGGCACAGCCAGUUCCAACAAGUCUACAGCAAUAUACUCUAACACCAACCACUUCUAGCUCGUAUCCACAGAUGGGUAGCAGCAUGGGGUACUACACAGCAAGCGGCAUGCCAGGCGGUGGUGUAUACCAGACAGUGGGGGGCAUGCAAGGUAUGUCUGCAGGGAUGUAUGGGACCCCACAAGGCCCCACGGCAGCGGGUCACACUGCUACUGUCUCCUACAGGGCACCAACACCCCCACAGACACCUAGUACACAGGGCAUGAGUAUGAACCUGGGGUAUGUGAGUGGCGGCAGUGGGGGGGCCGGGGUCGCCCCAGGGGGGGGAGUGGGUGGGCAGUAUAUGGCAAUGGUUCCCCCCCAGCAGCCCCCCACCCCCACGUCCCACGCUCCUCCCCAGCUCUUCACAACCUUCUUUAGGCCGUCUGUGCAGAUGAUGGGUGGAUCUGCUGGAACACCUCCCCCUCAGCCUGUCUUACAGUUUGGCGGAGGAGGUGCCCCACCCACAGGUCCCACAGGAGCAGUCACCCCUCACCCUCCUGUCUUUGCCAAACCUUACAUAGGUCCUACUGUGCAUACCAUUAUGCCCGGACCAAUUCCUGACCAAACUUCAGUCGGCAAAGAUGACAAACGUCUUGUUGCCAUGACACAGAAUAUUGCUGGAGCUCCAACUGCACCAACAACUCAGCUUCUGGCUAGACCAUACUCCAUCAUGCAAAGUGAUAUGCGGAUAUUUGGGGGGGCAAGCGGGCUUCCCAACACAGGUGGGAUGAGUGGUGGUUGCCUUCCUGGUGGUGGGGCUCCAGCUCACAUGCGAGCAGCACCCCUUCUGCUAACAGGGACACGUCCACGUCACCCAAAUGCCUUCACACCCACACCCAUUGCCCCUCUCAGCCUUGCAAGACCGCCUAAAGUGCGAAGACAGAGGUCUCGAACUUCAUAUGUUCGUAGCACAGAAGUUAUGACGCCACAGCUGUCAGUAGAGGGUCAAGAGUCUAAUGACUGAGAUUGUUAUCCUGCUCUGCUUUUAAGCAAUCAUCUCCAAUCAAGCUUUUACAGUGGGAAGUAAAUAAAGUUCCAGCAAAAUUUUAUUGUAAUGCUCAUCACAAAAUCUCAUACAUGUAUCUCAAGGUGCUGCAGUGAUGGUUGAUAUUUUUUUCACUUUCAUUCAUAAUUUACUGUCAGUUAACUUUUAAGUAGUAACAAUGUGUAACUGUUGAUUGUAGAUUUUUUUUUCUCUUUUUCUUUUAAUAAAUGAGGACUGUGGACUGUAAUAUUAAAGUUCAGCUAGUGCUGUGAAAGAAGUAUGGUAUAAUAGUCUAUUAUGAUUAACAGUUGGUUGCACAUGCAGUGUGUAUAUGAGUAUGAACAUGUAAUAUCACACACACACACACACACACACACA